CUCGUCCACACUCUCUCGUCAACACCACAUUCUCCCUUUCUUCAGACCACCCCCCCUUACUUACCUUUUCACUUCCUCGUGUGCUCUUACUCACCCCACCCACACAAGCUGCCCUUUGUUAGGAUAACAAUAGGCUCUUUUUCUUCUUAAAUUUCUUGAGAAAACUCGUUCUCUUCUACACUAAUAAUGUCCGACGCUGUCAAGCCGGAGGAUACCAAGCCCGUGGCAGUCGAACCAUCCAAGUCAACUGAGACCGAAGGGACUGCUGCCGCCUCGGAGACUGUCACCGCACCUGCCACCACUUCUGAUGAGGUUACUCCUGUAGCUGCUGACAAGCCCGUUGAGGAGACCGCUGCUCCUCCCGAGCCGAAGGAAAUUACACAGGGAACUCUAUCCAGGUUUCCCUCCGGUCUCAUGGCCUUCUUUAAGACCAAGAGGUUCUUUUACUUCCAGGACGAGCCGAUUCCAGAGGAGAGGCUGAAGGUUUAUCUUCAGAAAGCCAACUCUACCCAUACAACUGCUGCUUAUGCCAGUCAGACAGGAAAGGGGUUGCUCCUUUACUCUAAGGCUGAAGGACAGAGUCCUCAUGGUAUCAUCAAACUAGCAGAUGUUACUGAGGUCACCUCUCUUGGUGCUGCCAAAUUUGUUUUAAAGAUUCCGCACGGUAAUGAUCUUCACUUCGAGUCACCAGGUGAGCGUGAUAGCUGGGUUUUCACCCUUAAACACAAGAUCACCGAGGCCAAGGCUAUCGAGGAAGAGAUUGUCAGCUCCGAGGGCUACAAGUCUACCCUUGCGAGACUGUCUAAGUCUACUCCAAUUGCAGCUGCUAAGGCGCCGGAGAAGCCUGUUGAGACCAAGGAAGAGAAGGAGACUGGAGAGUCUAAGCCUGAGGAGGACGCUGAGAAGCGCUCUGCAUCAAAGGGCAAGAAGCGAGUAUCUGUUUUUGGAUUCCUCAAGAAGGAGAGGGUUGAAGAGAAGAAGGGAGAGUCUGCUGAGAAGGAUGAGCCUAAGGAGGAAUCAAAUGUUGCGGAGCCAACAGCAGCUACCACUGAUGCGCCUGUUGAUGCCACAGUUGGUGCUGAGGUGAAGGAAACCGAAGCCGUUAAGCCUGUUGAGGGGACCAAGGAGGUUGAGAAGGCCCCUGAGGUGCCUAAGCCUGUUAAGCGACAUUCUUACUUCACCGUCAACCCUUUCAACCGCGAGAAGAAGGAGAAGGAGGUUGCUGAGGACAAGAAGGAGGGAGGGGCUACUGAGCACAAGACGGAGACUGAGACUGCACCCACUGAGGCGAAGCCCAUAGAUGUCGCUCCUGAAGCUUCAACCGCUACCGGGGAAUCCAGUGCCUCUCCACCAAAGCACAGAUUCUACACUAACAUCUUCGACAGGAGGGGCGACAAGACAGAGAAGGAGACUGAGACUAAGCCUGCUGAUCCUGUUACUGAACCUGCCGCUGUGCCAGCAACCACCACUGGGUCUACCACUACACCCGGUGAGGAAUCAACUGUUGCUGAGGCUACUAGCCCUACGACCGGCCCUAGGGAGCAGAAGCGCAAAUCAAGCUUCUUCUCUCCUUUCAAGAAGGAGAAGAGGGCCGAUGAUGUCAAGUCGGAUACUGAGGAGGGCGAACCUUCUUCUCCCAAACCUAGCACGUCUCCGGUUCCCAAGCCAGGUUUGUUGACUGGUCUCAUGCGCAGAGCUAGCAAGGCUGGUAAGGGAAAGGAGACUGAACCCGGAGAGGUUACCGCGCCCGCUACUGUCGUUGAGGAGACUACUCCUGCUGCCCCUGUAACUACCACAGAAACAGAGACACCAAAUGGUGCUCCAGCUACUGCCGAGACUAAUGCCAUUGGUGACGUUGUUCCGGAAGCUGUCACUGCCGGACAGGCUCACCCUGUGCAGGCGGCUGCUUAAACAUUUCACAAAAAGCUUGCAUGACAUGUCGUAUGAAAAUCUGCUUCUGUUUCUCCCUUUUCUUUCUGGGUUUUACGCACUUCCAAGUCCUGCACCUUCACCUAAUCAGCAUCUCUUUUGUUCGUUCAACUUGGCUCAAGUAUGGGCUUCAUCCGCUACGCUGUUUUCUCGUCUCUGCGAAUCUUGAUUAGUGUCACGGCCGAUGUUGGGUCUAAUUUUUUCUUUCUUUUUUCUUCGUUGUCAUGAUUCACUAAUUACAACCCACCUUUUUAUAUCCGUGUUUGGGAAGUUCGGAUGUGUGGUGUCGUUGCUUGUUGGCUGUCCUCUAAUGGUUUCUUUUAUGUAUCCAAAUUCUGGCUCCUAGCUUCUCUUUUCUUUGCUUACCUGAUUCAAAUAUCCUUUUUCUUCUCGGUUUGCAAUCAUGAUGGCUUGCAGUAGCCAGAAUCUUAUAUAGUAUUUAAUAAUCCGAAAACAUUGCUUUUCAACAGAAUUUUUUUAUUUCUUCCCCUCAGUGUUGCUGUAUUUGAUCUCGUGGAUUCUCCGAGCUGUUUCCAAUUACCCCGCACCGUUUCACCGCCGGUAUUUCUCAAGUUGAACACUCUUUCCGGAUAAUAGCGUGCCUUUUUUUCGCGCUGGACUGAUCCCUUGACAUGCGGGAGGCGGCCUUUAAUUGCUCCUCCCUGUGCUCAUUCGGGGGGGGGUUUUCGUGGUGUCGCCCCUGGUAAUUCAGUAACGGGCAAUGGGCAACGAAAUACUAUACAGAUAUUGAACGCUUUCUCGCUUUCUCACACAUGAUGACGUUCAAUUCAGUCACAAUAUGGUGCUGCGGGAUAUAGGGCCUCGUGUUGCGGCUAUUUUUGUGGAAUAAUUCAAUGAUUAUCAGAGAUGGGAUGCGAUGGAUAAGGAUAGCUUCUUAGUGGUUACCAUUCUGCUGCUCUAUUGCGGCCUCGCAGGUGUGUUGUUGGCCGUUAGAACCAAGUAUAAUUCUUACCCAUUGGGGAUGAAUCAAUAAA